AUGCGGCAAGACGCAUACACCAAGCCCGGGGAGUUCCCCCCGCAGUAUGACGAGGUCAUGUUCCCGCCGCGGGGCGCCCCCGGCAACGUGCGCCAGGCACGCGCCAGCAUGCCGUGGUGGAAUCCGCGGUAUUGGCGCAAGAGGGUCUGGGCGGGCAUCGGCGUCGUCCUCGUCGUAGUCAUUAUCGUGGCUGUCGCCGUGGGCGUCACGCAGAGCAAGAAGAACCGCUACCCGGACUACUCAGCCAUCACGUACAGCCUGAGCGAGACGUAUGGAGGGGAGAACUUUUUUGACAAGUUCAACUAUUUCACGGGCUACGAUCCGGCCCAGGGGUUCGUUCACUACGUCCCCGCUCCCGAGGCCAAGCAGAGGAACCUCACGUACGCCACGCCCAGCACCGCCGUCGUCAAGGUCGACACGGCCGUCGGCCCGGACUCCGUCCCCAACGCCUCCACGGGCCGCUUCUCCGUGCGCCUCGAGUCCAAAAAGACCUACAACAGCGGGCUCUUCCUCUUCGACGUCAAGCACACACCCUACGCGUGCGGCGCCUGGCCCGCGCUCUGGCUGACGGACCCCUCGCACUGGCCCGACCACGGCGAGAUCGACAUCAUGGAGAGCGUCAACCAGGGCACCGACGGCAACCAGAUGACGCUGCACACCACAGGCGGGUGCUCCAUGGGCGGCGUCAAGCGCAAGAUGGCGGGCAAGGCGGCCGACGGCAACUGCGACCACGCGGCCAACAAGAAUGCCGGGUGCGGCGUGAGCGGCGACGACAAGACGUUCGGCACAGCGGUUAACGGCGCGGGCGGGAGCGUCAUGGCCGUCGAGUGGCGCGACGCGGGGAUUCGCAUGUGGCAGUUUGCGAGGGACGCCGUGCCGCAGGACGUGGCCGGCAAGAAGCCCGACCCGAGCACCUGGGGCGAGGCGGCGGCCGACUUUCCCAGCACGGACUGCAACAUUGGCUCGCACUUUAAGAACAACUCCAUUAUUGUCAACAUUGACCUGUGCGGAGAUUUGGUCUAUGGCAGCUGGAAGCAGUCGGGGUGCCCGAGUAACUGCACCGACCUGGUCGCCAACCAGCCUGACCUUUACAAGACGGCGUACUGGGAGUUUGGCUCCUUUGAGAUCUACCAGCCGGCGUGA